AGAAGUCGAGCCGUAAAAACGCUACCCGAUGUGCGCCUCUUGCCCAGUUCACACAGCGCAUGCGCACACAUGCGCAGCGCACAUUGGGCAGGGGUGCAGAGCGGGCAGUGACACCUCCGUUCUGUUAAAGGAUGUGGAGAUGGAGACCUGUGUGAACUCUGGUGAGAAGACAUCAAGCUUUUUGGGACGUAUCAUCAUUGUGAAUGAAGAGAACGGUGGAUUCCAGACAUCUCUUAAAGAAGAACCUAAGGACGAAUAUCUCCUCUGUGGACAAACAUCAGACUCUGUGGACCACCAGAAUGAAGAAUUCCAAAUUAAACUUAUAAAAGAGGAAGAAGCUGAAGAUGAAGACUUUCUAUACUGUGAGAUUUGUAGAUCUUUCUUCAUCAACAAGUGUGAGCUUCACGGUUCACCAGUCUUCAUCCCCGAUACUCCAGUUAUUAUCGGUGUUUGGGACAGAGCCAGACAAACUCUUCCAACGUUUCUGGAGAUUCGGAAGUCUGAUAUUCCAGACGCAGGUCUGGGAGUGUUUAAUACAGGGGGCACGGUUCCAGUAGGUGUGCACUUUGGGCCUUAUGAAGGAGAGCUGGUAGACCGAGAGGAAGCCAUGAACAGCGGCUACUCCUGGGUGAUCUCCAGCAGGACACAGUGCGAGCAGUACAUUGACGCCAAGAGAGAGAUAAACUCUAACUGGAUGAGGUAUGUGAAUUGUGCUCGUAGUGAUGAUGAACAGAAUUUGGUAGCUUUUCAGUACCGAGGGGGAAUUUUCUACCGUUGCUCUCGACCCAUUGAACCAGGACAGGAGCUAUUACUGUGGUAUGAAGAGGAAUACGCCAAAGAUCUCAGCAUCGCCUUUCACUACCUCUGGAAGAAAAAGUGCUUUGCAAAUGGAAUGAACAGCACACAAGUGUUCUCCUGCUCUUUGUGUCCAGCCUCCUAUACUUCUCAAGUUUACUUUCACAAACAUGUCAGAAGAUGCCACUAUGAGGAGUAUUUGAGACUGCUGAAUUCAGGAGAGAUUAAAUUUGAGACUCUGAUGCCCACACGCCACUCCAGUAGUCAGCAGACACCCUCUGGUUCUCUGGGGACUAACGCCUCUCAUGAAGAAAAGCAGCAAGAGCGCCUUCGCUGCUCGGAUUGUGGGAAAAGUUUCCCUCAGCUAAGUAUUCUCCAGUUACAUCAAUGCAUUCCCACGGGGAAAAAAACACAUCAGUGUUCAUCCUGUGGAAAGAGUUUCAGUAACAAAGGAACUCUUAUACGACAUGAGCGCAUUCACACCGGAGAGAAACCAUUCCACUGCACACAGUGUGGGAGGAGUUUUACCCAAAAAAGUCACCUCCAAACACAUGAGCGCAUUCACACAGGAGAAAAACCAUUCCAGUGCUCACACUGUGGGAAGAGCUUUAAUCACCAGAGUCACCUCCAACAACACCAGCGCAUCCACACCGGAGAGCGGCCGUAUCGGUGCACACAGUGUGGCCGCGGUUUUACUCACCUCGGACACCUCCAACAACACCAGCGCACUCACACUGGAGAAAAACCAUUUCAGUGCUCAGAGUGUGGGAAAAGUUUUAAUCAUCAGAAUAACCUGCAAACUCACCAGCGCAUUCACACUGGCGAGAAACCGUAUCACUGCACGCUGUGUGGGAAAAGUUUCAUUCACCAGAGCCAUCUCCAGUUCCACCAGCACAUCCACACCGGAGAGAAGCCGUUCCAAUGCUCGGUUUGCGGGAAAUGUUUCAAUCGAGCAAGCCACCUUCAACAACACCAGCGCACUCACACAGGCGAGAAACCGUAUCAGUGCUCUGUGUGCGGGAAACGUUUUACACGAAAUACUCAUCUACAAAAACACCAGCGCAAACACACAACAGAGACGGCGUAUUAAUGCUGCCUCAUGGACGCAGUUACACAGAUUCAUAAACGUGCACACGUAAAUAUGUCAAACCCAGAAACAUUAAGUCAUCAUCACUGUGUUUCAGAUUAAUGUGAUUAAUGAUAUAAAGCAUGUUUGUUAUGUGUAACUGUAAGUUUAGACAUCCUGUUGAUCAAAACACACUCAUGUAUACACUUAUAUGGCGAUACACUUUAAUGUCUGUUCAACAUUUUAGAGGACAAUGGCACUUGAUCCUGCCUACGUGAGAAACCUGUAAGUGCACCAGUCAUAAACAAUGGGAUAAUCCAAGUAAACUCAACAGUGUACCAAGUAAUAAAUACUUACAACAAUAAAA